GGCUUCUUUAAAAAGGUGGUGGUAUUUGGGAGUCUUCAUCAGAAUACCGCCAGUUCGUCCAUCGAGCAACAGCUUGUUCAAAACCCAGUUGGUUUCAAGACAACAGCUUUUUCCACAGACCAUUAAAACCAGGUUCACAUUGACAUCCAGCUUUGCAACUAAACUUUGCUCACAUUAGAGACGGCUACAUUCGGUCACCAGUGAGUUUGAACUCGGCGCCGAUCUUGUUCAUGCGGAAAUUUCAAAGCGUUUAUGCUAGAGAGGCAACCACAUCAUGAGUUUGUCAUCGCUAAAACCUGGAUAUCUGCAGCGGGGCACCGAAAAGAGAGUACGAUUCGACUGCACUCCUCCGAUCGUGCACCAUAUCGGCAACCAGCAGCAGCAGCAGCAGCAGCAAGGCUCUCGGGCGGACUGCCUUGCCCAGCCUCCUCCAGCUCCAGGCCUGCCUGCACCGGUUCGAGGUGGUACUGGCAAUAACGUGGAUAUAUUUCGCCAGAUAAAUGCUCUAUUGGAAAACACGCUGGAUUUACGUGGAGUAGGUUCGAAUCAGGGGGCGGGACAGAAUAUCGGCGGGGACUUCUCGCGAAGACAGCAACUGGGGAACCCACCCCGUCCUGAAAUCAGAGAAAAUGAAGUACCUCACAUCGAUGCCAACCUAUUAGCAGCUGCUAGAGCCCAGAUCCAGUCCUCCUCAUCCACCAUGGAUACAAAGAUGUCACCCCCACCCCCAAUCAGCACCAACUCAUCGCUUCCCCCACCCCAGGGCAAUGGAGGUACAAACGGUACAGACUUUAUAUCUUUCCUUCCCAAUGUCCCUGGCUCCCCCGUCUCCCAGAGCACCUGGAGCUCUCAUCCAGUCUGCACCAACCCCAAAGAUGCCAUCACGCUCUCCAACAUUGACCGCUACCUGAACGGAGGAGGGGCAUUCCCUGUUGAAACAGUGGGUCACAUUGCAUCCAUGCUUGAGUGCUCUCCGGCCCCCAGCGACCAGUAUCCAUCCUCCCUGUGCAGCGUCAGUAGCCCUAGCUCAGACUCCUCUGUCCUGUGGGACUACGUAUUCUCCCCUAUCAACCAGACCAUGGGGGCAGGCAAUAGGGACCAGAAGUGCCCCAGCCCCAGUGAUUCGGACAGCAGCGGAGUAAGCUCAGCAGGAUCCAUGAAUGAUGCUUUGGCUGAGAGCCUCUCGGAAAUGAUGGGCAACCUGAAUCUCACAGGAGACCCUGCAUUCCGACAUCCCAACCAACAGAUGGGACUAAACAUGGCCAUGCCUAACAUAUCACCUGCGAUGCUCCUGCAGGGUGGGCUUCAAGGCUACCAGGGAGGUCUCCCAGGUGGCCUUAAUCCCAACAUGCCUUUCCCCCAGGCAGCUCAAUCCAUGCUGGACCCAAACAUGUACAGGGCCACUCCACCUCCUCCACCUCUGGACUUCAAUGAUCCCAACGUCCAAGCCUUGACCAGACAGCUCCUCAUGGACCCCAAGCUGAACAGCCUAGAGAAGCUCUUUAAUGCUCUUCCUACUGAUCCCAGUAACAUUGAAAAGCUGGCUAGACUCAACAGACAGGCAGCUUCUAUUUGUCAGCCAACCUGCACAUGGAGUGGUCAGCUGCCUCCUAAAGUGUACCGUAACCCCACAUACUCCGGAAAGGUCUUCCUAGGUGGGGUACCCUGGGACAUUACUGAGGCUGGGCUGCAAGCUUCCUUCAAACCUUUUGGUCUGAUCAGAGUAGAGUGGCCAGGAAAGGAUGGCAAACAUCCAAGAUAUCCCCCUAAAGGGUAUGUGUAUGUGCUGUUCGAGUCUGAGAAGGCAGUGAAGGCUUUGCUACAAUCCUGCACACAUGACAUGAGUGGCAGAGGAGAGUAUUACUACAAGAUAACAAGCAGGAGGAUGAGAAGCAAAGAGGUUCAAGUUAUUCCAUGGGUGCUAUCUGACAGCAACUACGUUCGCUGCCCAUCCCAGCGUCUUGAUCCAGACAAGACUGUGUUCGUCGGUGCUCUUCAUGGGAUGCUCAAUGCUGAAGGACUAGCCCAUCUCAUGAAUGACCUGUUUGGAGGGGUCGUGUAUGCUGGUAUUGAUACAGAUAAACACAAGUACCCCAUUGGUUCAGGACGAGUGACUUUUAACAACACCAACAGUUACAUGAAGGCUGUUGCAGCAGCAUUUGUUGAAAUCAAGACUGCUAAGUUUACUAAAAAGGUUCAAAUAGAUCCGUAUCUGGAGGACUCCCUAUGUACCCUGUGCCAUACCCAGCCUGGUCCGUUCUUCUGCCGGGAGACUACGUGCUUCAAGUACUUCUGCCGCUCCUGCUGGUUUUGGCAACAUUCCCUCUCUCAGAUUAGUGACCACAAGCCUCUCAUGCGCAACACCAAGUCCAAGACCAAUGAAUUAUAGGUGACCACAACACCCAAAUUGGCAACAAGGAUGGUCAACAAAGUUUUAAAUCAGAGGAUGAUCACGGCUUUGUAAAAAUAUGUUAUACCUUGAAUGAAUGACCAGUUUGUUCAGUUGUGGGUUAUUGGGCCUUCUUGUACAAUGUACUAGGUUGUAUCAUUGGAAAUUAUUGAAUGGUAAAAUGUGAAUUCAGCUCAGUGCAUCCUGCAGUAUUUGGAGGUGACCAAAAGUUCAAAUGUGAUUAGAUUGGAUUAGAGCUGCAGUGUAUGAGGGACCAAUUUGUGAGCUUUUUUCAACUGCCAUGGUUUCUUUUCUUGCCACCAACUUUACGCAGUGUGCAUUUAUAAUGGUAGCUGCUGGCAUCUGUAUAUGACUCUUUUGCAGAGGUUGUGUUCUAGAGAGUUAAAAGUCUCACAGAGCUAUUAACUUAGAGAUCAAAACAAUAUUUGUCAAUCAUUUUUCAAUCAUUUUGCAUGAAAUGCGGUGGUAGCUUCAUAUUACAUGUGCAUGAUUUUUGCCCUCUUUCAAAAGAUGGUGAUAAUUUCAUGCAAUUCUCUGAUCACAAAUUUGGUGCUUGUAUGUUUUCAAUGUAUUGUUGCAUGAUGAGAUUAUGGAUCAACAAUUCAUCCUGUGUUUUUUUUUUUAACUCUGUACUAUAAACUUUAUUAAAGAUAUGAAGCUAAAUAAACAGUUUGAAAAAUGCAUUUAACUUUCUCACUUUAGUGAUCUGUUCAUAGAAUAUAAUAGAAGAUUAGUUCUGACAUUUCUGUUGAUGGAAUUAAAUUCUCAUUAAAUUUAUGUCAUUGUAGUCUUGUAAUUUUGAUACAUUGUUUACAUGGAUCUUGAAGACUUUUUCACCCCCUUAUAAAUCAAAUAUAACAUUUAGUCAUUUUCAGAUUUAAAUUUUUCUAAAAAAUUGUAAACACUAUAUUUUGUGCUCGUAAAUGUUGCUCUAAAUUCACAUACUGGCUUAUUUGAAAUCAAUGUUGUGCUGUAUUAUACCUUCACUUUGAAAGUGGACAUGAUUAUGGUCAUAAAUGGUAGGAAUGCCAUAGUACCAUUUAUCUUUGAAAUGUGUAUGAAUUUGUAUCAUCAGAUCACUAUUCUGAAUGGCCUUAUAAUAUCUAACAGAUUUCAAUCAAAAGUGCACUUAAAAAUGCAAACAUAUAUCUUGAUUAUUUAAUAUAGAAAAAGUGUCUAUUUUAUAGUUUAUUGCCACAAAUUGGACUAUAUCACAUAUCAUAUAUCCCACCCUUUGAGGGUGAAGAGAGCUAUAUAUUAUUAAUUUAUUACAAGACGGACAAAUGUCAAAUAUCUGACUGAUAGUGUUUAGGAAAUGUACUAACCCUAAAUCUAACAGGUUACUACCAUUCAGUACCAGUAGUAUAGAAAUAGACAUAGUUAUAAACUAGUAGAGUUCUGUGGUAUUAAUACUUAAAUGAAAGAAAACGUGUUGUCUUUCGAGGGCAGAUGUAUGGUAUCUUUACAAGAUAUUCCCAGUACUGAUAAGGAGUAUGAAUGUGCAUAUUUGUUAAUCAAUGUACAUUUUUCCUUUUUUUCUUUCUUUCUAUUCUUAUCUAAUUGCUUUAUGCCAUUGCAAAAAAAGUAAGUUAAAUUUAAAAAUAUAAGAAUGUAGCUAUCAUUUAAUAUAGGUAAUUCUGGGCAAUUACUGCAUUCAUAUUUUGUUUGUAAUACCCUGAGCGAUAUCUCAAUCUAAGGAUUUUAUAGUAAGAUUAUAUAUCAAUGCAGAAAUGUUGUUGAUGUAAGAAUGAACGGAAACAUUUAAAAGAAUAUCCAUGACAAUGCAUGGUGUUUAGGUUUUUAAUUAAAUAUAUAAGCUAAACUGGUCACCCAUACCAUAUUAGAGGCAACAAAUAAUAUUCCAUUGUUAUAUUUUUGAUAUUUGUAUUUGAUCUUGUUAUCUUUUGCAUACCAUUUUGAAUCAAUAUUUUUAGUCAAUUAUCUUGUACAAGGUCUCACAUUUUAGUAUCCAGCAUCAAAUGAUUCCAGAACCGAUAUAAAAUUCUGAAUUCUGAAUACAUUGAAGGUUCUUGAGAACUGUACAUAUAGCUGGUAACAAAUGAAUUUUAGAUUGACCCUUUCUUAAACAACCACCCUGUUAUGACUUGCAGAUGGUACUCCAUUUUUAUCUUGGUUAUAAUCAAAAUGUAAUUUGAAAAUCUUAAGAAAAAGAAGAAUCAAUAUCUAAUCAAUUAAUUAAUGACUUGUGACAAAUUAUAAAGUCAAUUGUUUGAUUUGGGAAAUGAUUUUGAAUAAAGGAUGGGGAAGAACACAGCAUAUUAUUGUACCUAAUAAUUGAAAUACUGGAGGAAAGGGUUCAUUUUUAGCAAUUAAUAUUGAUAAACUGUAAAAGAUAUGGAGACAAGUACAAUUUUUAAAUCUUAUCGGCCGAUUUAAUUUAUGUACAUUAAUAUAAGAUAGUCCUUUUCUUUUAUAAAAUUUUAAACAUUGAUGACUAUUGUUGAUAUAGUUUCUUUUAAUUAUCAAAGCAAAGAAUACUCAUUUUGGUGGAUGUAUAAAAAAGCUAAAAGUGUUUGUUUUGAGUGAAGAAGUAUUGUAUUUCGGCUUCCUUUUCUAGUUCUAAACAUUCUAAGAAAUCAUGUUUAAUAAGCUUUGAAUUAAAGAUCAAGCUAUACCUUUUAAAAUUGAUAUUAUUGGAUGGAUAUACCCCUGUUGACUUGAACUUCCUUGACAAAGAUUUGAUGAAUUACUUCAAGCACUUAAAGAAAUAUGCACCUAUACUGUACUUCAAAAUUGACAAAAAAAUGUUGCACAUAUGAGUUUAUUCCAUGUAAUUUGUGCCUUUGUAAGUUUUUGGGACUGAGAAGCGAAACAAAAAUUGUGAAUAAUUAGUGUGGUUAUUGUUGGUAUAGAUGUCCGAUUCUGUUUCAUGGAAAGGAAUUUUCAUUACCUGCAUUUUUUCCCUCCAUUUUAAGAAUUGUCUAUUUUUAUUGAUUUAUUCCCAGCUAAUUUUUUAUUCCACUUUCAUACCAUUAGAUAUAAGAUUAAGAAAAAGACAUGCUUUGAUCAAUAUUGAAAAAAAUGUAGUUUGCCCCUAGGAUUUUGAUGAUAUGUGUUCAAAUUUUAGGAUUUUUAAAAAUUUUACCUGGAAUAUGUUGAAGAUAAGAAAAUAGCAACUGUUUGAAGAUUCUUUAUAAAUAUAAUUCAUUUUUAUACAUCUUCGGUAAAAGUGCAAGAAGAUCUGUAUAACAAUAUAUACAUUUUCAGGAUAGUGAAGUGACCAUUAACAUAAUAUCAAUAUUUUAGCAUGGGUCGUCUUUGAUAAAGAGAAUUUAUUUUGUAGAAUUGUCCAGACCUGCUAUAGAUUUUAGUUUAAUUCUUCAUAAUUAGUAAUGGUUUUGUAUGGGUUUUAUAAUGUCAUCUUUCAGUGGUUUAGUAAUCUUUAAAAAAAUAAGCCUUAAAUCAAAGGAUGAAGGAAAGUAUUUCCUCUUUUUCUCCUUCCCCCCUUUUGGUUGUAUUUCUGUGAAAUGUGUUUUUGGUGAAGGUUUUAUAGUGCAUAUUGAAGAAAAAAAAAAUUAAUAGUGAUGUCAGGAGAAAUCUCAGCAUAUUUGUCACGUGCUGUCAAUUGGAUUCUCUACAACAUUGAGAAAAACACAGCUAAGUGGACAUAUACCGGUAGUUAAUAUUUUCUGUAUAUCAUUGUUGAAAAGAAGCACUGUUUAUGCCAUAUGAAACAGGAUUACGAUAUAUAUUUUGCAAAUUACACGACUAUUGCACAUGUGUUUACCCUUAUGUUUAUUCUUUCAGACCCAUCACAAGAAAAAGUAAAAAGAAUAUAUAAAAACUGUCAAAUAGACGUAACAGGAGAGGCUGAAAUAUUCAGAACAUUACUUUAUUAUCAAGAAUGAAAGGGAAAAAAUUGUCCGGCUCUUAUAGUGGAAUCUGAUAUAAAUCGGGGUUAAAUCAGAGAUAUACACCCUUCACCUGCUGUUUCAUAUGUUGCACCCUCUUUGUAAUGGCAUAUAUUAUAUGGCAUUCUGUGUCUUGAAUUCGAUACUACCUUCGUAAUAUUAGUUCAUGCAUGCACAUAUAUAUAUAUUUCAUGAUGUUAUUUCCCAUCCGGAAUGCUAUUCAUGAAUUUGAAGAAUAGCACAUAUACUCAGUCGCUAAAAACAUUGUAUUUUACAGUUAACUUGUGUAUUCCGAAUAGUCCAUUGUUACUUUUUUUCAGUUGAGUUCUUUUUAAUGAAGUUUCAUCACUUUGACUUUUUUUAAAGAUGUAAAUUACUUGCUUUAUCUACAUUCAGCAUUCACUUGAAAAAGAAAUCUACAGUAUUUGAUUUAAUUUUGCACAACAGAUCUAGCGUGGUCUCUAUGUAUUCAAAUUUGGGUAUGAAUUCCUCUUGCCCUACUAAACGCUGUUCCAUUAUGGAAACCGUAAGAUCAUAUUAAAUGGAUGUUUUUGAUGGGCAAAUGAUUUCUCAGCACCCUUAUCAAUUCCUGCCUUCUGUUCAAGCAGGAACUAAAUUCAACAAUAAGUGUAAUUUAUGCCCCAAAAUCCUGAUUGUGCUGGGGUCAAGAAUACAAAUUAUUAUUUUAAGCUCCUGGAUAAUUUUUUUAAUUUCAAAAGACAUCCUGAACAAUUUUGUAGUACCUGACUACCAAUAUACCUCGGCAAUGGAAGCAUAAAAUGACAGAUUAUAGUUUGAAUACAAAAUAUGUGUACCAUAAUGUGCUUCCUCUUGUUGAAAUACAUGAGGAAAAUACAGAGGUGUGGACUAGAUGAAUCAUUGAAUUCAAUUGGUUUUUGGUAUUGAUAAUGUAUGCAAACAUGUACAAGCAGAUGGUCUGUCUAAACUGAAGUUAGUAAACAUCAGUUCUGAGCCAAUAUUUAUAAGAAUGAGUAAUGCAAGUAUUGAUUUCAAUCGUGCUUUAAUUUGGGUGCAAUAAGGUAAUCGUAGGUUGUUAUACAGAUCCAUGCUUCACAGAUAUUGGCAAUUUAUCGACACAUGCUCGACCGGGAUUAAAGGAUAUAAUAAAAGCUUGCUGUUGGCAUCACUAAAA